AGAGGUGCACCAACCAACAAACAUUAUGGUUAUCCACGUAAUGAUUUCAACCAAUAGAAAUAGGCCACACACAAUCAGUCGAUGACAAUCAUUGUAUAACGUCACAACAACAAAUUUUUCUUUUGACAGCUGUUUUCAGUGAUAAAAUUUUUAGAAGGAUUAUACUGCACAUGGGUAUAUAUGACGUGGAUUUUGCAUAUUAUUUGUAGGAUAAAAUAACUCGUUUCAGAUAAAUCAACUAAGCUAAAAUUACCGAAGACUAAAUCUUGGUGAGCAAGUAUGAAGUUACCUUUUACAGUACUAUCUCUGUUAAUAUGUUACAUUGGGGUAUCAUAUGUGAACAGUUUAGCUGUUAUGUCAGUAGAUUUAGGAUCAGAAUGGAUGAAAGUAGGAAUUGUUUCUCCAGGAGUUCCAAUGGAAAUAGCUUUAAAUAAGGAAUCUAAGAGAAAAACACCGGCUGUUAUCAGUUUCAGAGAUAAUACAAGACUUUUUGGUGAAGAUGCUCAAAGUAUAGGAGUACGAUUUCCAAAAUUAGCAUUCAGUUAUCUACUAGACCUUCUAGGAAAAAGUAUCGACCAUCCCAUAGUGCAAUUAUAUAAACAACGCUUCCCUUAUUAUGAUAUUAUAGAAGAUGCAGAGAGGAAAACUAUAUCAUUUAAAAUAGAUGAAGAAACUACUUUCAGCGUUGAAGAGUUAGUAGCUCAGUUGUUAGGAAAAGCUAGAGAAUUUGCAGAAACUGGUGCUCAGCAACCUAUUAAGGAAUGUGUAUUAACUGUACCAGGUUUUUUCAAUCAAGUAGAAAGAAAAGCUCUUUUGCAAGCAGCAGAACUCGCAGGACUUAAAGUAUUACAGUUGAUCAAUGAUUAUACAGCAGUUGCACUAAAUUUUGGGAUAUUCAGAUCAAAAACUUUUAAUGAAACUGCUCAGUAUGUAAUCUUCUAUGAUAUGGGUGCUUCUUCCACAACUGCUACUCUUGUUAGUUAUCAAACUGUUAAAGCAAAAGAUAAACCAUAUGUAGAAAUAAAUCCACAAGCUUCAAUUUUGGGAGUCGGUUUUGAUAGGACGCUUGGAGGUCUUGAAAUGCAGAUCAGAUUGAGAAAUUAUUUAGCUACAAAGUUUAACAACAUGAAAAAAACCCAAAAUGAUGUUUUUAAGAAUGAUAGAGCCAUGGCAAAAUUGUUCAAAGAAGCUGGUAGAUUGAAAAAUGUUUUAUCUGCGAAUGCUGAGCAUAUUGCACAAAUUGAAAAUUUAUUAGAUGAGCAAGAUUUCAAAUUGAAAAUUACAAGGGAAGAAAUGGAAGAACUUUUCACGGAUCUCUUUGAAAGAGUGGGUAAACCAGUGGAACAAGCCUUAAAAGCUGCCCAUCUAACCAUAGAUGUUGUUAGUCAAGUUGUCUUGGUAGGUGCAGGAACAAGAGUGCCAAAAAUUCAAGAAUACAUAAAAAAAGCUGUUGGACAGGAAUUGUCAAAAAACUUGAAUACAGAUGAGGCUGCUGCUAUGGGAGCAGUUUACAAAGCAGCUGACCUUAGCACCGGUUUCAAAGUUGCCAAAUUUAUCACCAAAGAUGCAGUUUUGUAUCCAAUUCAAGUCACUUUUGAAAGAAACGCCGAAGAUGGCGUUAAGCAAGUAAAACGUACCCUCUUUGGCUUAAUGAACCCCUAUCCUCAGAAAAAAAUAAUUACAUUCAACAAGCACACUACAGAUUUCAGUUUCAACGUUAACUAUGCUGAUCUCAAUCAUUUAACUGAAGAAGAAUUGAAAAAUUUGGGCAACACUCAAAUUUCUAAAUACGAUUUGAAAGGAGUUGCUGAAGUUUUGAAUAAAAAUGUUGGCGACAACGUAGAAACCAAGGGAAUAAAAGCGCAUUUUGCAAUGGACGAUUCCGGUGUAUUAAAUUUCGUGAAUGCUGAGCUAGUAGUGGAAAAAACUGUGUUACCCUCCGAUGAAGAAGAGGGUACUUUGUCCAAAUUAGGGAGCACAUUUAGCAAAUUGUUUGGAGGAGAAGAAAAAUCUGCAGAAGAAAAACCAACAGAACCCCCAUCAGAAGAAAAACGCUCCGAAGAAACCUCUGAUGAAAAAUUAGUUGAAGAUAAAGAAGAGCCCAAAGAAAAAGCAGCCCCCACAGCAACGUCUAAUGAAACGUCUAAACAAUCUACAGAAAAAAUCAAAGAAGCCAAACCAAAAAUAAUUACCCUCAAAGAACCAAUUGUAUCAGCUGAACUGCAAUUAGGAAUUCCGAUUUUAAAUAAAAAACAACUGGAAAAAUCUGUAGAAAAAAUUAGUGCAUUAGAUGCAAUCGAUAGAGAAAUAAAUAGAAGGUCUACAGCAUUGAACAAUUUAGAAAGUUUCGUUAUUGACAUGCAGAACAAAUUAGAAGAAGAGGAAUACAAAGAAGCCACAACUGCAGAAGAAAGAGAAAAAAUCAGUAUGGCUUGUAGCCGAACGUCCGAUUGGAUAUAUGAUGAAGGAUCUGAUGCUAAUGCAGAAACAUACGAAAAGAAGAUUGAAGAAUUGAUGGAAUUAACAAAAGAUGUGUUGGCGAGAGUUUUUGAACAUAAAGAACGACCAGAAGCUCUCAAUGCUCUAAACAGUCUUUUAAAUCACUCCUCCAACUUUUUAUUAAGUGCUAAAAAUGCCACUAAAGAUAAUCCCGAUAGAGACAUAUUUACUGAUGUAGAAGUAGAAACUUUAGAGAAAAUUAUUAAAGAAACUGAAGAAUGGAAAGAUAAAAUGGUUAAAGAACAAGAAGCAACACCGAAAAAUGAACCAGUUAAAUUGAGUAUCAAAUCCAUGAUGGAUAAAAUGGGUGCAUUGGACAGAGAAGUGAAAUAUCUACUGAAUAAAGCAAAACUUUGGAAACCUAAAAAGGUGGAAAAGCCAGUUAAAGAAGAAGAAAUACCAGUCGCAGAAGAACAACAGCCGGAUAAAGAAGAAAAGAACACUACUGAAAAUAUCGAAAUCGAUACGAACGAGGAAAAUGAUGAAGUUCAAUCGUCGAAAUCAGAAGACAGUGAUACAGAUAGUCAUUCAGAGCUAUAGUUAGCAAAUUUUUUAGGAUAUGAACAAUUUGUGUGGGAAAAGAUAAUUUAAAGGAUUUUGUUAGAAUCCGUUAAUCAAUUGUGGUAAACACGAGUAUGCUCGCCAAAGUUACAUUGUUUCUUAGACAAAUUCUCUCUUGUUUUUUUUUCUAAAAAGUUGGGUCAAUUCAAUACGUGCACUCUCCAUUAUUUAUUAAAGUAUUAUUAAACUAUAUUUUUUUCAAUAAAUAUGUUGUACAUACAGUUCGAAUUUGUUUAUUUUAAAUUUCUUUUUAAAAAACUACUAGAAACAUAGCGUUGUAAAUCACACAAUCAUUUAAGGUCGAUUAAUGUAUUUUGAAAUCAAAUUUUUAUUAGCACUUCUUGUCUUGUUCUGUCUCAGUUUUUGAUCACUUUUAUUACGUUUCAGUUACACUACCGUUACCUAGCAGAAACUUGGGGGUAUCCAAUUACGUGAGGCGUUUUUAUACAUUUCUUACCGCCCCUCCUCCCUGAUGAGAAUUGGCUCAACCCCCUUCCUCAUCCCCCUUCCUCAUCCCCCAAAUUGAUGUUCUUUGUUUUAGUAAUAAUACAAAAUAAGUCAACUUUUUAUUAGAAAUAUGUGUAAAUCCAUUAUAAACCAAAAAAAUUGUAUUUUAAGUAUUUUUUUCUUUUUAGUAUGUAAAUGAGUAAUUCUGCUUUAUAUCCAAAAACUUUUGAGGACUCAAUGUCUGCAUUUUUGGAAAUAACAUAAUUUUAAAGCUUUCUUUAAAAAUCUGUUGAAAUGGACAUACACUUUUUUUGGUUUCAUCGAUGAUAAAUUUGUUUCUUGUUGAAGUUCAAUUCUCUUUUGAUGGAUUUUUCAAAGGAUGUAAAGAUUAGCAGGAUCAAGAAAAUACGGUUUCAAUAUUUUCAGGUACUUUAUUGCAUUAUCUAUAAAUUGUGAUAAUGCCUAAUGUACAUAAUAUAUAGAAGAUUAUCUUAAUAAUAAUAAUAAUUCACAUAUCGUAAAAGUAUUUAUACAAAAGUGGUGAAUGUGAACGGUAACAUAUUUAUUUUGGUAUCAACAAAAAUUUUGCUUCUAUGGCUUAUUUCAGAUGAAGAACAAUUCAGUAAUAUCUAAUGCCUCAAAAAAUAAAAUUUCAAAUCAUUUUCUAUAACGCGUGAAGAAACUAAAAACUUGAAAUCUUAAUUUUCUUGUUAUAUAAAAUAAUUUUCCAGAUAAUUCCUAGAGCAUACGACAUCAAACAUAACAACCAAAAGAUAAUUUUUGGAUCAGUUUAACCGAACAAAAUUUAUAACAAAAUCAACUAAAACACAUACAUAAAAAAUUAUACAGUUCAAAUAAUAAUAACGUAUGGCAAAAAACCCAAAAAAUAUUACAAAUUUGCUUUUAAAAAUAAUAUUAAAAUAACAGAAUAUAAGAUAGAUAUAUACACGAAAUAAUAUUAAAAUAUAUAAUAGGAAAAAAAUUACUCAAAACAUGUCUUUACUUGAAAAAGGAACAACUUAAAUAGAGAAACUGCUCAAACAUAAAACAGGAUGAAACGGUUAGCGAUCGAAAGAAUUCUAAACGAAAAUUUAUUAUUUAUUAGGAUAAUAGAUAUUUCAGUAACUUAAUAAAAAUACAUUUCAAAAAUCUCAAUAAAAUAAAUAGUGAAAUCAAAAUUCAAUUAUGUUUAGUUAUCUUUCAUGGCAGAAACAUAAAAGCAACAAAAGAAUACUUAUAUGAUUUAAGGGGGUAUUGAAAGUAAAAUUCAUUGAUUUUCAUCUCAUAUGGAUUUAAGCUUAAAUAUCUUAAAGUAAAUCAUUAUGAACUAAAACAAUAUGCAUAAAAGUUGUAUAUGUAUAUGAAUAACGGCAUCGGUUAUUAUAGUUGUUUGUUACUGUGAAAUAUGUUCAAUUUGUGAGUUUAAAAAUGAACCAAAAUAAAAAAGAAACUGUAAAAAAUGUGGUUAAAUUUCGUGCGCUUUCUUUGAGUGACUUGAACAAUAUGGCCGUUUCCCUUAUUUCCACAAAGUUACUGAAUACGCAUUGAUUUAUAACAAUUUAUAACUGAUAACUUUCUUAUUUUUAUUUAUCCAAAGGAAUAGUUAUAGAUUUACUUUUCUCUAAAAUUCUUGAUUCCUAAGUUGGAUUCUAUAGUUUUUCAUUAAUAUUUUGAAUGUUUAUAGAUGUAAUGGGAGUAGAAAAAAUAUUGUAAGCAACUAGCAUCAAAUAGAAUUUUGUAAAGCUCUACUAAAUCAAUAAACAUAAAAGUAUUCUGUCGUUUGUCAAGGAAUUGUUCCAAAUAUUGUUAUUGCUGAAUAAAAUGGAAAUUUCUGCAUGAAAUCAAAAUAAAGUUCAAUAAAAGAUCUGAUGAUACGUAACGUCGCAAACCACGCAACUCCGUUUUUUCUUAUAUCAACAUUUUCAUACCAUUAGAUAGAUAAUUUCUGAACGAUCUGAAAGAUUCAAAGUCUAAACAGGAAACCUCAAAACUCCACCAUUUUGUUUACAUCUAACUAAUUUACGUGAACUGUUUUUCUUUAUUUUUUAGAAAUUUAUUAUCUGGCUACUAUUUCAAUCCCUUAAUAUAAAAAAAGGUUAAGUUUUCAUUCAAUUUGUUUCAUUAUCAAGUUUUUUCUGUCUACUGCAAAAUUUGGUUCUAUGGAGCUACGAGGUUUGCAAUUUAAGCUGGGGGUUAUCAAAUCAAAUGUAACUUAAAGUCACUCUCGACAAACUAACCUUAACAUUUACAAUUUUUGAUAUACAUAUUGCAUUUAAAUAAUUUUUUAUGCUUAAUCUUAAACGAAAAAAUACAUGAUACAGAAAAUUACAUAAAAAUAUAUUUAUAUUAAAUACAUAAACUUAACGUAAAUCCAAUUACAUAAUUGCGCGCUUUAAUUAAAUAAUAAUGACCGUUAUCGUAAAUUUGAUUGCCGCAGAAUACAUUUUUUUUUGAUUAAAAUUAUAUUUAAAAAACGAUUUUUUAAAAUGCGUUUCGUACUUCAAGAUAAAAACUGCAACAGUAGGCUGUAAAUUUAUGUGAUUGGUUAGAACAACACAGCUAAGAGAAACAUAUUUAAGUUUACACAAACCUCAGACCUAAUACAUCACUCAAUAAGUCGUGUGACUGAUACACAGAUGGCGCUGCAACUGUCAAAUCCAUAUGACGUUUAUGAAGUAUCAACUUUCAAAAAACUAUGUGUCACAUUUCAUGAUAUUUCGAUUAGUCAGAAAAAAGUGACAGCCAUUUAAGUGAAGCAUUGCUUCUUGAUGAAAAAAAAUACUGUACAAGCUCAGCAAUGGCUUCAAAAGUGUUAUCCGGACUCUGCUCCAUCGAAAAGACCUUAUUGAUUUGCUGAAUUUAAACAUAGUCAUACAGACACCGAUGAUAGUGAACGUUCUGGUCAUCCAAUUCAGGUAGUUACUAUAGAAAACAUCAAAAAAGUCCACAAAUUGGUUACAUCUAAUCGUAAAUUGAAAUUGCGUGAGAUAGCUGAGGCCGUAAAACCACGGGCCUAAAAAAGGGAGAGACAAUCAAUAGCGAAUACUACAUAGAAUCGUUGGAUCAUAUGUAGAAGAAAAAACCCCUGUUUUAUCAAGACAACGCACCAAUCCACAAGUCGGUAGCAACGAUGAUUAAAUCAAACGAAUUACAAUUCGAAUUGUUUCCGUAUGGUCCAGAUCUGGCCAUCAGUGACCACAAGUUAUUCGCCGAUAAACAAUUCCGCUAAAAUAAAGCAGCAAUUGCUGACACUGAAGCUUAUUUUGAGGUAAAGGACAACUCCUACAGUUACGGUAUCUAGAAGUUAAAGAAGCGUUGGAAUAAUUGUAUGGAGGAGAUUUCAUUGAUGAAUUUUUUUAGUUAGUCACUCGACUUAUUGAAUUGUGUUGCUAUCCAAACAAAUAUGAUUAAUUCUACUUAAUUGUACCUCGAUAACCAGUUCACCAGUUCGUUGUUUUUAAUCAUAUUUUUUGACAUAGAACGCCCGAGCUUAAGAAGAAACUCUAUUAUUAAAUAUUGAUGUUUUCGAAGCGUUUUUCAACAAAGCUUUUGUUUUCUACGAUUACAUUUUCAGAUCUGUCCUACUUUGGUGCAGUUUACACACAAGUGUGACGUGAUUGUGAACAUGAAUUUUAUAAAAUGGAAAAAAUAUAAAUAUUUCUAGCGAAGCCCACGAAUAGGAUACACAAUGCUUCUAAACUUUUUUUCAUCUUUACAAAUCUAUACGUAUUUUUUUAUAAUUUGAACUAUGAUCAAAUUACGUGUACAAAGAAUUCUUAUUCUCAUCUUCUUGCAAAAACUUAGUGACUUGUUCUAGAAGUUAAGCCAAGUUAGUAAAAAUUAAGUCUAAUAUUUAAAGUCAGGUGAAUGUCCCAGUGAUCGAUAUAGACCAGGGGCGGACUGAGACCUAGGCACGUGUAUUCCUAAAAUAAAAAUGUUUUUAUCGAAGUAUAACAUUAUUUAGAACGUGGUCUUUAAAAUGAAUUUUUAUAAACAUUUAAGUGAAAAUUAGAAAAAAAACGACAAGCAGAUCGAGAUAAAUUGGCAAGACGAAUCCCUAAAUAAAGCAAUUUUCAAUAUAUGAUUCACUAAUAGAUUUCAUACAAACUGUUAGAGAUAAUUUUGACAAUUUCGAAAAAGAAGCAGAAAAAGUUAAAGAUAUUGCAUAUACUAAUGAUAAAAAUGGAUUCAAUGAAAAAGAACAUUUUAAAAAUAAUAGUUUUAAAUAAAAAAUAACGAAGUGCGUUGAAAACGCGACAAUUUUUGACUUCUUCAAAAAGUAUUGAAAAUAAACUCAAAUCCGAUAUGUUGAGGAAUGGUUUCAGAAGACGCGGAUUGCUUCUUCUGGAUCCAGAUGUUUCAGACUACUUCAAAAUUGAAAUAGAAGACCAUUCAAACUACCUCGAGUCUCUUAUUCAGCAAGACAAGCUUAAAUUCAAACAAUUGAAAAAUAACAAAAAAUUGAAAUAAAUCGACUGGAAGGCAAAGAAAACAGAAAAGCUUCUGAAAAAAGGACUAUGAGAACAUAAACCAAAAAAAUCAGGAGAAUUGAAUUUGUGCGGCUAAUCAAAAACGAUAAAAAGCUUGGUUUUCCAAUAUGUAAGAGGAAAAGCUUGAAGAAGACAUGAUUUAAUAUCAAACGUGUAGCAAUGUUGUUUCCAAAAAAAUAAAAGAAAAUUUAUGAAAUUUGUAAUUUAUGUAACUAAUUGUAAGUCCCGAAAUAAACGAUGAUAAUAAUAAGUAUUCAUCUGACGAAUACUGGAAAUGAUACUUGUCGGUGUCAGUAUCAGAUUUUGAUAAAGACUAGAAGAAAAGUCGAAACGUCAAUUUUUAUCUUCCAAAAAUGAUUAAAAACUAAUUUUAAAACAGAAGAGACCUAAAAUCAAGAACGUUAAGAAACAUAAACAUAUAAAGACGGUCUAAGGAAUUUAUAUAUAAUAAAUUGCUUUUUCAGUACGUAAAGACACGGUUUUCUCUAUCAUUACCAACCCCAAUCAACUUGGAAGGGGGUGGUUGUGGGAAGCUAAAAUGUGAAAACAUAUAUUUUUGUCUUUGGGGCUAAAAAGACUAUUAUUGUAAUCGAUUUAGACUGUUCUAUAAAUUUCCCAAAUGAUCUAGAAAGUUCCAAAAUAAGUUUCUAGAAUGAUCUAGAAAGUUCCAAAAUGAGUGCAACUUAUUACGAUCGAUUAAGAAUAUUCGAGAAAGUUCUAGAAAUUUCCCGAAUGAUCUGGAAAGUUCCAAAAUAAGUUCAAUUUAUUAUGAUCGAUUUAGAAUAUUCGAGAAAUUUCCCGAAUGAUCUAGAAAGUUCCAAAAUGAGUGCAACUUAUUACGAUCGAUUAAGAAUAUUCGAGAAAGUUCUAGAAAUUUCCCGAAUGAUCUGGAAAGUUCCAAAAUAAGUUCAAUUUAUUAUGAUCAAUUUAGAAUAUUCGAGAAAUUUCCCGAAUGAUCUAGAAAGUUCCAAAAUGAGUGCAACUUAUUACGAUCGAUUAAGAAUAUUCAAGAAAGUUCUAGAAAUUUCCCGAAAGUUUCGAAAUGUAUUACGAUCGAUUUAGAAUGUUCGAGAAAGUUCUAAAAUGAUCUAGAAAAUUCUAAAAUAAUUGAAACUAUAAGAGAUUUAACAAGUUCUAAGAGGUUCUAGGAAUUUGUGGAUUGUUCUGGAAAGUCAAUUGCAUGUUUUAUUGCUGGAUAAGUGUCUAGAAACUGAAAAUAGAAACCUACAGUAUCUAUAUUAAAAAAUGUUUAACUCGAGACGCCAGGUUUCGCUAUUAAUUUGAUACAAAAAAAAAACAUCUCUACCUACUUUGAAUUACUUGAUAUCAACGAGAUUUCUAUAGGGGAAAAUUAAUGUUUUAAAUGGUUAUUUUCACGUGACGAACAUCGGGACAUUUACCUUAUUAGCAAAGUUUUGCAAACAAGACAUUUCCAUAUUAUCUCAGUAAUACUUUUCACAAACUUGCAACAAUUAUUCAACGGCUGUUAUUGCCUAUUUUGUUAAUUAUUAGCUUUGCUUAUUGCAGAAGAUAGAUCCAUAGUCGUAACUUAUAGCUAGGAACACUCUGUACACUUUUGUCUAAGUUUAAACGCAUUAGUUUUAUACAUUACUUCGUAAUAUCACAGUUUGAGUUGCUCUCUAACAUUUAAAAACUAUAAGAGUGACGUAAUGGGAAAGACAUAUUUUAUAGAAGAUUUUUUCCAAAAAAUACAGAGAGCUUUCUUAUGCGUACAGUACUUCUAUAUAUUGUAUUAUUUUAAUAAACUUUUUUCGGCAAAAAGAUCUGAUUUAAAUCGCUCUUCUAAAAAAGUACUCAUAUUCACAGCAGGAAAUCUGGUUUUAAUACUAAUACUUUUAAUAUUUUUUUAAUAAUAGAAUACGAGGUCUGGCUAUUAAAUAACGAGACUACGCGCCUAGAGGUUAGGCUAAAAAGGAAUAGUGCCUUAGAUAUCUAGAUAUCUUAUCAAUGAACGUUCCAAAACACGACGAGUUUGCUAGUUUUGACAACACUGCGAGAAUGAGUUCGUAAAAAAUGCACUCCAGUGCUCGAACACUCGUCCUACUCACCAGAUUUGGCACUGUGCGACCUUUUUUUUGUUUCUGAAGAUAAAAUCUGCUUUGAACGGGACCUGAAUUGAGUCGAUGGAAGCGGUAAACCAGAACUCCUGAAGACCCUCACCAAGAAGACUUCCAGCACUGCUUUGAUGAAUAAAAAAACGUAUGGAAAGGUGUAUGGCGAGGGUAGGGAACUAUAUUGAAGGGAAGCAUUCGAAUGUAGACUAUUUUUUACAAUAAAACCCUUUUU